UCUGACAGUCAUCUGACAUGUGCAAUGUGUCCAACGUUCGAUAUUCUUCGGCAGUCGGUGAUUUUAUUAGGAACGGAUUUCUACUUUUUAAGGUUAUUUGCAGUUCUAAAUUAAAUAAUUUACUAUGGCGAUAACUAUCGAUGAAGAUUGUAUAGUGUUUCUAAUACUAUUGUUCUCUUGGGUGGAAUACUUGUGGGAACAAUAUCUUUCUUUACGUCAGUUGAAGAUAUACAAGACAAACAACACUAUACCAGAAGACCUAAAAGACAUGCUUAAUGAAGAAUCAUUUAAGAAAGCUAGAUUAUAUGGGAUUGAUAAGUCUCAAUUUAAAAUAGCCAAAGAGUUGUAUAGCAUAGUAUUAACAACAAUAAUUCUUUACAAUAAAUGGAUAUAUUCAGCAUGGAAGAAGUCUGAAGAUAUUGCAUUAUUCAUGAAUAUCUCGCCAGAUAGAGAGAUACUUGUGAGUUGUGUUUUUAUGACAUUUGUCACUAUAUUCAAUUUCAUAGUUAAUAUGCCAUUUACAAUUUAUGGUAUAUUUGUACUGGAGGAAAAACAUGGCUUUAACAAACAAACUGUGGGUUUUUUUGUUAAAGAUCAAAUGAAAUCUUUACUGUUAAGCCUAGUCAUCACAUUGCCCAUAAUAUCUGUUGCUAUUUAUAUUAUAAUGCUUGGAGGCAAAAUGUUUGUUAUGUGGUUAUGGUUAUUCACCACUGUUGUAACAUUAAUCCUAUUGACGAUUUAUCCUUCUGUGAUUGCACCAUUGUUUGAUAAAUUUGUACCUCUGUCUGAAGGUAGUCUUAGAAAAGGUAUUGAAAAUUUGGCCUCGAGACUGCAGUUUCCACUUUCUCAGGUCUACAUUGUAGAAGGGUCAAAAAGAUCGGCUCAUAGUAAUGCAUACUUUAGUGGGUUGUUUGGAGCAAAGAGGAUUGUCUUAUUUGAUACUCUAUUAGAAAAAUAUGAUGAAGAGAAAAAGACCACAACUGGAUGUUCAGAUGAUGAAAUACUCGGUGUUUUGGCACAUGAACUUGGACAUUGGAGCUGUAGUCAUAUCUACAAAUCAAUUGUGCUGACUGAAGUAAACCUUUUAUUACUUUUCACUGCAUUCGGUUUAUUAUUUAAAUAUUCUACACUGUAUACAGCCCUUGGUUUUCCUGCAGGGCAAGAGCCUAUAAUUAUUGGACUGAUUGUAGUUUUGCAAAUGAUCCUUGCUCCGUACAAUUCUAUAUUGUCAUACUUUACUACAGCCCUUUCUAGGAAAUUUGAGUUUGAAGCAGACAAUUUUGCAGUAGCAUUGAAUUAUCCUAAUGAACUUAAAUCGGCUCUUAUCAAGCUUGGUAAAGAUAACUUGGAUUAUCCAAUUUAUGAUAAACUUUAUUCUGCUUGGUAUCAUUCACAUCCAACAUUAUUACACAGGAUCGAGAACAUUAAGAUUCAACUCACAAACAAAAAAAAAUAUAAUUAAUAAUUGUUAUCAAGAAAGAUUUAAUUAAUUCCAACAAAGCAUUUCAUAGUAAAUAGUACAAGUAAGUAAAAUAAACUUUUGUAUAAAUAAUUAAAAUAUGGUACAUAGAUCUCACAUUUCCUAUUAUUGUUACUUCAUUUUGUGUAGUUUCUUUACAUGACAAAAUUAAUGUUACUUUAUUUCAUAAUUCUUUUGUUUUUUUUGUCUAAAUAUUUGCAACUAUGUAAGUUCUGUGUACAUGUAUUCAUUCUAUCUUCAUUAAGAAUAUUUGUUUACCUAAACCAAAUAAAAUAUGUAAUGGUACCUUUAUCAUCUAAGUUUUGCAAUGUGCAAUAUGUUAGUUGAAUUAUUAAGUUGUCAUUAUACCACGAAACCUGUCAAAAGAGAUUUAAGGAAAUUCAUAAUAA